AUGCUUGCGAUGGGACAGGCUGACGAGGCUUCAUUCUACAAAAUUGAUCAUGUCUCUGCCAUUGCUCGUCGGGUUGAUCUUACCAAGCGUAACAAGGUCGGGUACUCUGCUUCUGCUACUAGCAGCUCUAAGAAACGAGAAAAUGAUCGUGAUAUUCCUGUGUUCCCGGAAGCCAAGAAGUCCAAGUAUACCAGUUUGCCUGCGUCUCCGGCUUAUGAAAACUUCAAGAAGCAAGAAUGGGUCUCCAAGUUUGGCAAGACAUUGAAGGAGCAUAUUGCUGAACGUUCGUGUAAGGAAUGCAAUGGCUAUUUCUCCAAGGGUGAUAACUGCAGCAAUAUAGCCGUCCGUUCUUCUUCUUCUUCCUCUAGCAAUAACAAUGGUGCUAAAGUCAUUCGUGAGAUGACCAAACAUUCUCAUCGUCGCUCUGUCAAGACAAUAGCCGAUACGGCCAUCGCGUUGGAGAAAGCUGAUUUUGCUCUGCAAGAAAAGUCGAAGGUGCUAUCUGCUGAUAGCUCUGGUACUGUUGACCCUCUUAUUGAUUCUGAUGUGGAAAUGUCUGAAUCGGAUGAUUCAUCCAACGCUGAUGAAGCUGACCUUCGUGCAAAGACUCAGGCAACAUUGGUGGAUGGUAUGGCUCAGGUUUCUGUCUCAGAAACGGAUUUGAUUCUGAAUAUGUCAGCUCAACUAUGUAAGUUUGAUACUGUGCUCAGCGCUCCUCCUACGAUGCGACCAAAUUCGAUUUGCGUGCCUAUUGUGGUACAAAAUGUAGUUUGUUUCAGCUAUGUAGAUACGGGUACUACUUUCAGCUGUAUCACUAACGAGUUCUUCAAUUACUUAGGAGAAACGGCCCUUUCUGGAUUCCGUGUCAACGAUGAUACCAACACCAGCACCACUACCAACGCCAAUAUUAUUAUCACAACAAAUGCCUAUACCAGUGCUACUAAUGGUAAUGACGAAUUGGAUGUUGAUGUUGAUUUGAUGCACAGCGUUUUUGUCAAUAUCUGA